AUUCAGAAGAGAUUAAGAUAUUGGAGUCAUGCCAACUGUUGUUGACGAAUGUUAGCAUGGUUGGCUAAUUAAUCUAUAUAUAGAUCAGAUCUGUAACAAUUUCAAGGCAGGCACAGAGUCUAACAAGAAGCUCACAGAGUGGUCUCAUCUUCUCAAUAAUUGAGUGAAGACAUUGAGUAUAAAAAAUCCAAGUGGUAAAGACAGGAAAUCAGUGAUUCAUGUUUCAUGAUAAAGGCCUCUUUUUCUAAGUUUUUCCGCACAGGACUUCUUGCAAUGUCCCACCGUCCACUUCCAAAGGCCACAAACCUCCCAUCUCCAGCAGUUCCAACCACUAGCUUCAUCUCUCUCUCUCUCCAUUUCUAGGGAUUCUCCAAGUCAACUUCUUUUCUCUAUUUCUGUUCUAGAUAUAUCAGUUAUCCCACUUCCUUCAAAGCAUAGAGAAGCAAUCGCAAAUUCCGAGUAUUUAGCCUCUAAUUAGUUUGCACUUACUAUAUAGUAUAAUAUUUAUACAGCCUUUUGAUUGUUUUUGCUAAUUUAGCUAGAGUUAUGGACAAUGAAGAGGUUCCAUCAGCUCCUUCAACCCCAGCAACACCAGGGACUCCUGGUGCUCCUCUCUUUGGUGGGUUUAAGGGGGAGAGAGGUGUUCACGGUAAAAAAUCUCUUUUGAGAAGUUGCAAGUGUUUCGGUGUUGAAGAAUGGGCUAUGGAAGAAGGGAGAUUACCUCCUGUCUCUUGCUCAUUGCCCCCUCCUCCUGUCUCACUUGCUAGAAAGAACAUGCAGUUGGGAGCUGAAUUCAUGGGCACUCUUAUACUGAUCUUCGCUGGGACGGCCACAGCCAUUGUUAACCAAAAAACACAAGGUUCAGAGGCUCUCAUCGGCCUUGCUGCCUCUACUGGACUAGCUGCGAUGAUCGUUAUAUUAUCAACCGGCCACAUCUCUGGAGCUCAUCUCAACCCAUCCAUCACCAUUGCAUUUGCUGCCUUGAAACACUUUCCAUGGAAACAUGUGCCGGUGUAUAUUGGGGCACAAGUAUUGGCAUCACUGUGUGCUGCAUUUGCUUUGAAGGUGAUAUUUCACCCUAUGAUGGGAGGGGGAGUCACGGUUCCUUCCGGGGGACAUGGUCAAGCUUUUGCUUUGGAGUUCAUUAUUAGCUUUAUCCUCAUGUUUGUUGUCACUGCUGUGGCCACCGACACAAGAGCUGUGGGGGAGCUGGCAGGAAUCGCGGUAGGGGCUACUGUCAUGCUCAACAUACUCAUAGCCGGGGAAACAACAGGGGCAUCAAUGAACCCAGUCAGAACAUUAGGGCCAGCCAUAGCUGCAAAUAACUAUAAAGCCAUAUGGGUUUACCUCACUGCCCCGAUCCUCGGGGCAUUGUGUGGAGCAGGAACGUACUCUGCUGUCAAGCUGCCUGAGGAAGAUGGUGAUACUAAUGAAAAAACAUCAGCUACAAGGAGCUUUAGGAGGUGAUUAUUCAACAUGAUCAACAAACCUGCACAAAUAAUCCCAAAAUGCUGUUAGAUAAAGUGCAGAUGAAGAAAACGAGAUGAAGCUCCUGCACAUUGCAUUCUAGUGGGUCUAACAAAAAAUUAAGAUGAAAUGUGAAUAAGUUGGCUUUUACCAAUGUAUAUGAAGAAAUUACUUUGCGGUGCUAGCUAUCUCAGAUGGAAGUGAUAUAACGUUGUCUUGAAAUACAUGAGACUAAAUUGGGCGCA